CUGAGCUGCUCCUGACGGGCUGCCUGGGCUCCGGGCGGCUGUCUGAGCGCUUCAGACGGAGGUGGAGGAGACUACCAUCAACACUCAGCGUGUCCUCGAGUGCUCAGAAGAAGUAGAAGAAGAAAAAACAGCAGAACUGCAGAAAAAGAAAAGACAGCAAAACAGCCCCACCUCAGCAUCUGGAAAAAGCACCGAAGAAGGAGACGAACCUCCCCUUCUUACCCCACACCCCGUCGCCAACCCACCCUAUCCACCCGACCCACCAGUUCGUGCCAUCCCUCUGGUCUGGACCGCCCUCCCACCCCGCCAGGAGAACCACGACCACCCAUAGGAAACCCCCACUUGACUUGACCAGCGUUGCCAUUAAGCGAUGCGCUUUGAAUCGGAAGAAAUCACCUUGAUGCGCUACACAACCGGUGCUCUUCGUUAUUCCUCUGCGGGAACACUUGAGGCUACGGAUCUGGGUGUUUACACUUUUUGACGGGUUUCCAGUGGCAUGAUAACAUGCAGAAUUUAUCAUCCUACGGCAACAGACAAGGCUGUCACUCUUUAGACUAGUCUUUACUGAAACAACCAGCUGUCACACAGGCUGCGUUUGAGCUUAUGUUUGAUUUUAGAAGUAUUCCUGACAAUGGUCUGGGGACAGACCGCCUCUCUAGACACAUAGAAACACUCAGUCCUCAGCUUUGUGAUCUGUUUUUGUUCAAGAAAAAAACUGACAAGGAGUCAUUCGACACCGACGCCGCUUGAGCCUUAUAGGACUUUGCGUGCGAAGUUUGCACCGGGAAGAGGGGGGCCAAGUCGGAGAUAUCUCGGCUGCAUUUUCCCUGUAAGGUGGGAGGUCGGCGGGUUGCAGUCAUGCUGUCACUGGACGAGCCCCUGGACCUGAAGCUCCCUCGGCGGGCCAAUGGGCGGGACAAGGGGGCAUGCUCCCCUCCACUUUCCCCACUGCACCCAAAGCGAGCUCGCCAGCUGCACAUGGCAGACGAUGGCACUGCAGUCAUAGAGCCUGCCUCGCCAGCAUCCCCACGCACAGGUGUGCAGGUGGUCCCUCAUGAUCGGACAGACACCCCUACCCCUCCUGCAGUGGACCUGAGUAUGUCUCCCUCCUCCCGACACACCCCCAGCUCUCCAGAAAUGACAAACGGCAACUACGUCCCUUCAGGGGCCUUUCAGUUUUUCGUGCCAAUCGGAGCUGGGACAGGACUUCACUUGCCGUCCUCCAUGUUCAUUGGCCAGACGAGCGACAAGAGAGCCUCUCCUGACCUCUCAGCAGAUGAGCAACUGGCCUGCCGCUGGAAGAAGUGCCAUCUGCUCUUUGACUCCCUGCAAGACCUCGUGGAUCAUGUCAAUGACUUCCAUGUGAAGCCUGAAAAGGAUUCUGGGUACUGUUGUCACUGGGAGGGCUGUGCCCGCAAAGGGAGAGGUUUUAACGCAAGGUACAAGAUGCUCAUCCACAUCCGCACCCACACUAAUGAGAAGCCUCACCGUUGUCCCACCUGCAACAAGAGCUUCUCACGCCUGGAGAACCUCAAGAUUCACAACAGAUCACACACAGGUGAAAAGCCGUACAUUUGUCCGUACGAGGGGUGCAACAAGCGGUAUUCUAACUCCAGCGACCGCUUCAAGCACACACGCACGCACUACGUGGACAAGCCCUACUACUGCAAGAUGGUGGGCUGCCUGAAGCGCUACACAGACCCCAGCUCUCUCCGCAAGCACAUCAAAGCCCAUGGGCACUUUGUGGCUCAGGAGCAGGGCUCCCCAGGUGGGGUGGGGUCCCUCCUGAAAGGGAGUCAAAGUGGAGGUCUUACCAGCGAGGUAGGGAAGGAUUCAGACCUGUCCUAUGUCAGUGCAGCCCACAUUAUCAUCCCAGGGGCGGCGGCUGCUCUCCUCGGAGGCCACGCUCUGCAGGGUCUUGGCGGUGGCCUGCCCAUGUCCCCUAUCAGUCCUCGGCCACUGGACCUCAGCACACUGGGCUGCCCCAGCUCACCUCCAGGCGCCCUGGGAGGAACGCCCAUCCUGUCCUUCAACGGCUCCCCUCUGGGCCUGGCCAAGUCCCCUCUGAUCUCCCCGGCGUUCCCCUCCUCAGCCCUCGGCCUGUCCAUGGUGCCCAUGCUGGGGGCCUCGUCUGAGCGCAGAGCCCAGAGUCAGCAAGGGAAGAAGGGCCGGGGUGAUGAGGCUAAGAACGAGGUGACUGGGGGGGUCUUAAACCUAUCCACAGGAGGAUCUCAUGAUCCCCUGUCCUGGGUGGUCAUCCCUCCAGGCACUGUGGUGCUGAAGCCAGCUGUGGUCAACUGAUACACAUGAACACACAUUCCAGAAGAGCUCAGGGGGUUGGGGUGGGAAGGUGAACGCCAUAGUGGGGGUACAGAUGGUCAAAGGUGAUACGGAUCAGCUCGCACAAUCAAAUCCAGACAAUGCAUUUCAGAAAGGGGACUCUAUCGAGAAACUGUGUACAAUCGUAAUCGGCAGAACAAUAGCUAACACUUCACCUCACAAGUAUACAACGCAAGCCUCUUGUUUGAUGGGAAACGAAACAUGGGGCCCAAGGACUUUAUUGAAGACAAGAUACGGUUCUGUAUUUCAAUCACAAUGGGCUCCUCUUUGCUCUUGUUUUUUUGUACAUUCCUUUCUGCUGGUUCUGUGGACAGGGACCAUGAAGGUGACAGUCUUAGUGCUCUGUGUUCUUACAAAAGUCCUGAUUCAUUUUGAGUAUUUAUAUGACAUAUGUACUUCAAUGACCGCGGGUCUAUAGCUUAGCAGUGAGAUAGACACACCAUGAAACGAAAUGACGCUCUCACCGUUAAGCUAAGAUGCACGUAAUAGGAAGAUUCUCCACACUUGAUUUUAAAGUUAUGACCUAUUUUUCACAGGCCGCUGUGAUUAAUAUGAUUCAGACAGGCUUGCCAUACCAAAGCAAGUGAACUCAAACUGUCUCGGAUUUUCAGCUCUGAGACAGCUCCAUUAAACACAGCACUUAAUAGUGUCAACUGGUUCUAGUACUGAAACCUCAAAACUGCUGCUAACCUCACAGCUCCUCCAGUGUAUCACAAACUGGGAAGGAGAACUUUUGACAAUCUGUCCCCAGUUUGGGGACAACGAGAAUGUGUGCCAGACUAGGGGCUUUUUGGGCACAGAGCAAAACUGAGGACUUCACACAGACAAAUGGUGUUACAUCACCUGGCAAUGACCAAUCAUCACUUCCUCUGAAAUGUAAGGCACGAGUGCAUCUAGCUCCCUCUGCUGGCCGUGCACGAUGCACAAAAUCCCACAGAACUCACACUGUUUCACUUUUGGAUUGUCCAGCUGCUUUCCCGUAAUUGAAUCAACACAGCCAGUUUGUGCAUAAAAGACCCACUGUGGUGAUAAACACUAGUGUCUUGUGUUUUAAAAGCAGCCGUGAAAAACAGAUGGUCAUCGAGUAGCAGCCCAGCUUAACCAUGUGGGUUGAAGUUUUUGCCCCAUGCAGUGAAAAUACCUGAAGUGGGAUGGAUGUGUCGUGCCACAGAGAGAGGGAGUGUGAUGCCUUGCUGCCACAUAUAGCUGGACUGACUAGGAAGCCACACUAUUCCAAACUGCCUCAUUUUACUCUGUCCAAAGGGGCAAAAAAAGGACAAAAAAAGACUCAUUUGACUUCUGGGAAAACUCUUCUCAAGGUUCGAUUAAGCAGUCAACAUGCACUUCCAACACACUUUAAUCCUUUCAUGUUUGAUAUUACAGCAUUACUGCCAACUCAUUCUUCUUUAAAAUGCUAUAUUUUGCUUUUACUUCACUCUUCUGCGGGGUUCCUCGUGUUGCUAAUGCAUGCAUGAUGUCGACUGCACAGAGGAGAGGUCUGAGAACAGGAGAGGGUCAUCACAACACAAGGAACAUUGCCUCAAGAGACGGUCACAAAUUCCCUCCUCUCUCCUUUACUUCCUCCGUCUCUCCUCCUGUUGGGGUUCUACUUUUCCAGCACCCAGUCUUAGAAAUGAUCAGUUAUUGCUGUUUUAUAUUGAUGUUCUUUUACUGUUUUGUUGCUGUUGUUCAGACGAGACAUUUUUUCUGAUGUUGAAGUUGCUUCUUGUGUUCUGAGACGGCUGCUCCGCACUCAGCUUUCUGCUGUCAAGGAUGAGUCUUAAGAAGGGAGGUUGAGGAGAAGUUUAGGUGGUUCUCAAAGGCAGUGGUUCCCAACCUUCCCCUGUAGUUUUACCAUUAUUUUUACUGGUGCCUGGUUUUAGUGUGGUAUUACUGCCAGACAUUGGCAGGACUACAGUUGUUUACCAGCUAUUGAAUAACAGAAGAAAAAGAAAGCAGUGCUGCCCAGUGAUACAACUGAGGUGCUGAGAAACUAACUUAAUCUUUCUUAAAGUUCCUGUAAAGUUGUUAAAAAAAUAUCUAUUUUCGGUUUGUUGUAUGACAGGCUACAGUGUUAUGAACCACCAAGGCAAAUUUCAGUCAUGAAAAACAUCUCUAAGUUUGUAAAAUUAAGCUCCAAAAUAAUGAAAAAUGCAGCAGUAAAAUCUGCUCCAGGAUGGUGUGGGCAUGUCGGUUGAAUGAGCUGAAGCCACGCCCAUUCUACUGUUUUCUGGCACAAUUCUGUCAUGAUACUUCAAUGACCCGUAGGCCACUGUUGCUGACAGACUUGGCAAAUUUACAUUACAUUAAAAAAAAAACAAGCAUGUAUGUGGCUGUUAAUUUUCAACGAAGGCAGUGGCAACAGCUAACAGACUGUACAGAGAUGAACUACUGGCUGAUUUUAUAUCGUUGUAGUGUUGGGGGGGCAGGGUAAUUACCCACCAAGACUGGUGAUGUCAUGGGCUCAUAUGUUACCCUGCUGAAAGUAAACCAAGCUGGGAAAGAGGUGAUCAACUUUUUAACAGUCUGAAUCAAAAAUUUAGUCACAUAGAUCUCAGUGUUUUCACAUGAUUACAGCAACCUUAUUCCAACAUUUCUAGUGUGUUAAGACAUAAAUUUUGGAUUUCACUUUACUGGGACGAUUUCAAUUUAAAUGAUUAAAGGCAAUGCUAAAUCUGGUAGCCUGUUAAAGGCAGUUUCCUUUAUGGGUUAGCUGUUCGAAUACAUUUCUUUUAAAUGCGCGUCCCUUACUGCCAAUGCAGUCUGCCAAAAUAUCGGCUGUAAAUAUCAGCAGACAUUUUCAUAUCUGCCCUCAACAAUAAUUUACUUUAUGAGCUAAUAUCUGCCAAUACUGACAUUAUGCCUAUAUUAUUGUACAUGCCCUCCUGUAAUUAGUUAUUAUGGUUUCAUGGGAUAUUCUGUUGUUAAUGACAGUAAAUCCCUUGAAAUAUGGGAUUUUUCAAUUGUAUCCGCUCUCAACGGUAUUUGAAAACCAUGGUGUUUGACUUGGACCGUGGACUCAAACUCUUUUACACCACUGAUGACACCUGCCCAUACAAACAUGGUACCAAAGGCUGCUCUGUAAAGUGGCCAUCAGUGUUAACUAAUCCCAUCCAGUUGCAUUUACAUGCUGCUGGUGCAGCAGUGGGAGAUGUUUGGAGUUAAGUGUCAUGCCUGAGGACAGACAACCGGCUCCACCACUGACCCACAGCCGUCACAGGGAUAUGUGAUAGCACUGUCUGCAUGACAUAACAGUAGUGCUUUAUUCAGGGGUCAUUAGCCAUAAAGGUUGGGAUUCACUGCUCUAGGGAGGGAGGGUACUUAAUGGACAUUACAUUCCCAUGUGACGAUUACAUUGUUGCACUGAAGAUCAUUUACAAAGGCCGUAUGCACAACAUACACGUCUGCUUUAAGUGUUCUAAGGUAGAGAAGAUUUUUGUGCUGUGCUUCCUUUAUUCUGACUUUGGGAGUGAAGAGACACCACAGAGGACUAGCACAGACUGUAAGAGGUUGAUAAAACAGUGAGAAAGGGCUGCCUAAAUGAGAUGAGAGGAGAGGCAGUGUGCCAGCAGACAAAAAGAGGCAGAGGAGAGCUGUGCUGUGCGGCCGCAGUCCAUCUGGCAGACGGUGUCUCAGCUCUGAAGUCGCUGGCUGUGCUGCACCCGAUGUGGCAGGCAUACCAGCCUGAGAAAACUAGGCCACUGAACUCUGUCUGCCCUCCAGUUUUUUCCCCUUUUUUAUAGAUUAAACCCAAAAGGCUCAACGCCCCCACCUCUUAGAGAUUCAGCAAACAGGCGAGCUAACAAGCUUCAUCACAGGCAGCAAAAACAAUCUCCCAUGUCUGAGGAGGAGCUUUGGGUCAGGCUGCCCAUAGGAUUCCCAUUAGAGAUGAACUGCAUAGCUCAGUUUCUGCCUCAGUAAUUCUUAGUCAUCAUUAUCUAAAGCAGCGCCUCCCCUCAUAGACACAGCAGGCCCCGCCUCUGGGUUCAUGCCGGGUAUCGAGGAGAAUCUCCCGCUCUGAGUGGACCAUCCUGGCCUGUGAUGUCAUCAGAAACAGGUGUUAAGUAGGCUAGACAUGGUAUCCAUGGCAACAGUGAAACCCACAGAUGCUGCGGCUCUCCUCCUCCUCCCUGUCUGUCUGUCUCUCCUCUGCAGGUUGAAUCCAGGGACAAAACUCAGCAUGACAGCAGAAAGCGGAAAAUAUGACACGGAUCCUCCCAGGGUCCACAACUUUCCAUAUUAAAUAAGCUGUAUGAUCCAUUAACCCUUUGAGCUCAGUCUGUAAAAACUGCACUUUUAUCCCCCUUUGUAGUUUAUGUAGAUACAGGGAUGCUGCCACAUCCUACCCAUUGUAAAGAGUCACAUUUGUUGUUUUGGGAACCAAGAAUAAUUGUAAAAAGCAUCUAAAAAUGCUGAAUUUAAAGUCUUAUAUUUCUGAACUUUAAGCGGUACAUGCUCCUGGAGAUUUUAAAGUUACCUUUACUCAAAGUUGAACUGAAAAUCCAGGACACAGAAUUAGUUUGCUAGCGUUUUCUUGUCAAUGUAAAGGGGUGCCAUUGACUGAAGUGCCACAGUGUUGCACAAAGGGUUAAUGAUGAGACUAAGGCCAUGCAAGGCCUGUUCCAAGUUCUGUUUUUUGCACAUUUGUGAGAUAUUAUUGUCAGUAUUUUAAUUUUUCCAAGUGCCUUUUUAUUAUAGGGUAAAAUAUAGAAGUUAUACACUAUAUGAGACAAAUGAUUAUAUGAAAAUAUAUUUUUUCCUGGCAUCAUGUUCUGUGGUUGAACAUGCAGAAUUUUAGAGUUGUAAAAGUCUCCAAUUGGUACAACAUAGCGGUGUUCUCCUGUUUUAGAGGAAUUUUAUUACGAUAUUGAUGAAAAUGUCA